GAAGUCAGAGGCGACCACCUGUGUCAAUUCGCUAUCUAGCAUGCUCAGAACCCCUGUGUGUAACCGUAACUCGGGAAGUGUAGUUUCUUUGGAUGGAGGCAUCCAUAGCUGUAUGGAUCUGUGCAAAACUGCUACAUUGAUUACAGACUUACAGAAACAGACAGUGGAAGGUCACCAUGGAUCUCGGUGAGUUUGAGGCGGACAACUCGGUGAGCUGUCGCCUGGCUUCAGCAAUACCCGACGCCUGCAAGACAGAAGACUGCUGUUUGGGUAUCGAUGAAGCCGGCAGGGGCCCUGUACUGGGACCCAUGGUCUACGGAAUAUGUUUCUGUCCCAUCGCCAAAAAGGAAGCUCUGAAGAACUUAAAAGUGGCAGACUCGAAGACAUUGACAGAGGCACAGAGAGAGGAUUUAUUCCGCAAGCUGGACGAGGCCAAGAGCUUUGUAGGCUGGGCUCUUCAGAUACUCUCACCCAACACUAUCUCUACCAGCAUGCUGCAGAGGUCAAAAUACAACCUGAAUGCUCUCUCUCAUGACGCAGCCAUUGGCCUGGUACAGUUUGCCCUGGACAGUGGAGUACAGCUCAAAGAGGUGUUUGUGGACACGGUGGGUCCUGCAGAGAAGUACCAGGAGAAGCUGUCCCAGCGGUUCCCCGGGGUGGAAGUGACCGUACGACCCAAAGCCGACUCCCUCUUCCCCAUAGUCAGCGCUGCCAGUAUCUGUGCCAAGGUGGCCAGGGACCAUUCAGUAAAAGACUGGAACUUUCCAGAAGACCUAGGAGAGGUGGAUGCAGACUACGGCUCCGGUUACCCCAACGACCCGAAGACGAAGGCGUGGCUGUUGAAAGAGCUUGACCCGGUGUUUGGCUACCCUCAGUUUGUCAGGUUCAGCUGGAGCACCACACAGACCCUGCUGGACAGCAAGGCUGUCACCGUACACUGGGAUGAUGAUGAGGAGGAUGGGGAGAAGGCUGCAGCCCGUCAGAACAACACCUCCAUGCUCUCCUACUUCAAGGCAGGCUCCAAGACCUCCGCCCAGCAGAGCAACACACACCAGACACACCGCUUCUUCAAAGAGAGGAGACUGCAGAGCCUGGCCACACUCUGAGACAAGGAGAGGAAUACACACACCCACUGAGACAUGGUGCACAACACACAUUCUGUUUAAAGUCUCUGUCCACUGUUUCCAGAUGUAUAUGAAAUGUGACCUAUACUUAAUUACAAUAUUACUGAAAUAGUGUUCCUUCUAAAAAAUUGGGUAUCAAGUGUGUUAAAAAGCAGCUUUUCUGUGUUGGAAUGGUGUGGGUGUACCCCAACAGCAGAAGGGUGUGGUUGUAUACUGGUCAUUAAAAAUAUUAAUGCGAGUAGACCGCCUACUUGCCAGCUCCUCCUCAGGAGGCGGGCUUUUCUGUGUUUUUUUUGCUCCAAUUUAUUAUUUGGCCACA